GUCAUUGAGGAAACGAUCACGUGGGACGUCCGCAGGGCACCGGCUGAAGUCCAGCUCUACUAGAGUUUGUUACACGAUAUUUAAAAAUAUAAAGAUUUAUAACGGAAGAGAUGGAUAGUUUUGGAUCAGAUUUUUCCUCCGCCUCAGGAAGUGGAAAGAUGGACACGGGCGCUAUCAUGGAGCAGGUGAAGGUGCAGAUAGCGGUGGCUAACGCGCAGGAGCUGCUGCAGAGAAUGACUGAUAAAUGCUUCAAGAAGUGCAUCGGCAAACCAGGCAGCUCAUUGGACAAUUCAGAACAGAAAUGCAUUGCCAUGUGUAUGGAUCGGUAUAUGGAUGCCUGGAACACAGUAUCCCGUGCAUACAACUCAAGACUUCAGCGGGAACGAGCGCGUAUGUGAUGCAUGCGUUUUAGCUUGUUCUGCCUUGCCCUGACACCUAUCCCUGGAUAAAGAGGUUUUGGGCUGAAAACACAAUAAGCUGACAACUGAAGGCCAUCAGAGGAACCAGGAUGUCAUGAGUUUUAUUAGACUUGGAACAAUUUCUUCAUUCAGUUAAUGAUUGGUGGACUUUUUUUUUUUUUUUGAUUUUAUGGACUCAAUGUAAUAAGCUUCAAACCUUAAAAUGUUGUAGAUCUAGAAAUGAAUAAGAGUGUGAUCAGUGUUUAAAAUCCUGUUGUAAGUGUAUGAGCAUGUUUGGAUAAUGCCGGUGUUUGAUUGGUCGUGACUGAGCCGAUUGUUAGUCAGAUAAAGCCUGUGUGCACAGUGGCACUUCUUAAGUCGGACUUGUCCUCAUGUGGACGCUUGCACCCUCCCGGCGGGAUCGCCGUGUUGUCUCAUCUUCCCGUCCUCUGCUCCACAAACCUACUUCCUUUCAACGAGGACAAUUCAGGACCAUCUCUCUUUUCAUAACUGUAGCCUCUUCUUGAGGACGUGCUAUGCAGCCCUACUUUCUUACCUGUGCCGAAACAAAAUGCGAUUGUCACAGGCAGAUUCUGGUUUGUCACACAAUCUCUUAACUACAAAAGUGGGUUUGUUUAAACGCUGAUCACCUCACCAUAGAUCUUGCAAUAAAAGCAGCUUACAUUGUGAACGAA